ACAUUCGUGUACCGUUUCCUUCUUUAUUCUCUCUCUCUCUCUCUUUAUGAGAAAGAUUGUUUCUUUUGAUCUGUGAAGAGAUCAAGCUGUUUCGUGUGUCUUUAGAAGAAUCUAAAAGUUGAAACCUUUUUGAUUGUUUGGUUUAUGGUUUUGAUCGGUGAUUUGAAUUUGAAUUCCAGUUUAUAAUUGUUCUUUUGUUGAUUGAUUUUGGAAACGAUGAGUGGUUUCCGAGAUGUUUGUUCAUCAAGUGGGUCGGUGAAUGUGAUGAUCGGAGUAUCACCGGCUGAAGAAGGAGACGGCAACGCCGCCGCCGCCAUAUCGUCGGAGGAUUCGUCUUCCCCCGACGAGACGGUGGCGGGAACAGAGCUCGACUUAGCUCUGGGUCUUAGCGUUGGUAGGAAUCACUCAAAGGUUCGGUCUUUUUCUUCAUCUUUGGCUUCCUCUUCGUCUUCUUCUUCUCUGACCAGAGAAAGUGGAACGAAACGGUCUGCUGAUUCUUCUGCGGCUGCCUCAAAAGGAAAUGUUGCGGUAGGGUGGCCGCCUCUACGGACUUACAGGAUCAACAGUUUGGUCAACCAAUCAAAGUCCUCGCCCGCUGAAGACGACAUUCAAAAGGACACAACAAAAAACGGCGUGAAGAACAAUGACGCUUCCUUCGUCAAAUCUCCAAUGCUUGUGAAGGUUACAAUGGACGGAGUUAUAAUCGGAAGGAAGAUUGAUCUGAAUGCUCUUGAUUCUUAUGAAGCCUUGGCGAAGACUCUGGAACAGAUGUUUUUCCACACGCCUGUAACAGCAAGAUGCAAGGAAACAAGACGUGGUUCAGAACUACUGGAUGGUUCAUCAGAAUAUAUCAUAACGUAUCAAGAUAAAGACGGAGAUUGGAUGCUUGUAGGAGAUGUUCCAUGGCUGAUGUUCCUUGGGUCUGUUAAAAGACUGAGAAUCAUGAGAAGAUCAGGUGAAACUGGAGUUGGCAAGUAGGGAUUCAUCUUCUCAUCUUCUCUGAGAAGACACUGUCAGCUCAACAUCUCUGUUAAUCAAGCUGAAGGGUGAAAUCAUCUUCUCUAUAAGAUGGAAAUGAUUGAACGUGGAGAUAAAAAAGAGACAAGAAACACACAUAUAUAUGGUUAACCUGGUCUGUAAAUUAGUAAAAUCUUGUUCAGAUAAUCACACAUAUAUAUAAUACAUGUGUUUAUUAUGAGUUA